AUGCCAGCUAAAAAAGACUCAAAAUCAGCAGCCAAGAAAGGAGGAAAACCAGAGCCAGAAAAAAGCAAACCAAAGGAAGAAGAAAAGAAAGGCAAAGAUGAUAAGAAAGGAGCAAAAGAAGACAAGAAGGGUGGAAAGGAUGACAAGAAGGCAGGAAAGGAUGAUAAGAAGAAAGGAAAAGAAGAGCCACCCAAGGGUAAAGGGAAAGAUGAUGGAAAGAAGGGAAAGGAUAAAGGCAAAGGAAAGAAAGAAGUUAUUGAAACUGAUGAGGGCUCAGAUGCUGAGUUGAUGGAUGAAAACUUGAGCGAGGAGGAUGAGGAUGAAGAGUCAGAUGCAGGCAAGAAAAAGCGAGGUGGAAAAGAUGCUAAAGGUAAACCUGCAAAGGGAAAGUCCAAAUCUAGACCACCUGAUUCCGAUGAAGAUGAGGAGGAAGAAGAGGAUGAAGAAGAUGAGGAGGAUAGUGAAGAGGAGGAUAGAAAAGGAAAGAAGAAAGCAAAAGAUCAUAAAUCAAAGGCUGAGGAAGAUGGAAAGAAGAAGAAGGGGAAAAAGAAGGAAGAGGUACCAGCUGAGCCACCACCUGAAGAGAAAAAGAAGAGGGGGCUGAAAAACACCUCUAAACUUUUUAUGAGGUUCUCUGGAUUUAAAAAGAGAAAGAGCUCAAAGAAGCGACUUAAAAACACUUCCAAGCUCUUUCUUGGACUUGGCAAAAGAAAGAAUCGUUUGCUUAGAAAAAAAAGGAGAAAAUCUCUCUUAAGAAAUGCUCCUAAGUUCAUGAUGCGUUUCAAAAACAGCAAGAAGAAAAAGGAAAAGGAAAAAAAAGAUUCAUCAGGGCCAAAGCCAACUUAUAUGCUAAUUAAAUUAGGUGGCAGUUCUAAAGCAUCAGAGAAGAAGCCAGGAUUUUUUAAAGGGCUUUUUGGGAAAAAGAAUGCAGAGGAUGGGUCUGGUUUUAAAUAUAGGAGUCAGGUAUUAGGUAAGAUUGCUGGGGCAACAAACUGGCUCACCAAGAGGUUCCUCUCCAUAAAGGGGCGUCAAAGCAGAAGAAACCGUAAUGGCUGGGGCCAGAAAAACAACAAAAACUAUUCAUUUCCUGCUGAAAGUCGCCAAGCUAGCAUGCGAGCUCAUCCAGGGUAUCAUAAUUAUGGAUAUGAACAUGACACUGGAGGAUAUGAUUACAACCAGAGCAGGAGUGGAAGGAGUGCAUUUCAGAGACAGUCAAUCCAUAAGCAUUCUAACAGGUACGAGGAACAGUAUGCCCAGAUGCAAGGACCAUCUUAUUCAAGGACAGUUCAACAGCAGUACAGUCAGUAUGAGGAACCAAAUAACUAUUAUGACUUGGAAUCACAUGAUCAAGGCUAUUAUGACAUGCAGGAUAGAUACUAUCACCCACACAAUGGCAUGGAGGACGAGGUUGAAUAUUAUGAUGAUGGUAUGGACUAUGGUGACCCCUAUGGAGUUCAGGAGCAGAUGGGCAAUUACCCACAGGAAAUGGGCUACUAUGGCCAACAGCAACCACUGGAUCCUUAUUUUGAUGAUGGCAUGGAUUACUAUGAUGAUCAGUAUCCAAUGGAGAACACUUAUGAUCUCUAUGGGAAUGAAAUGGAUCCAUAUUCCCAGGCACAGCUUGGAUAUUAUGAUGACCUUCAGGGAUUUUAUGGUGACCCAUAUGAAGCUGAAAUGUCAGGUGAUCCAUAUUUGGAUGCAUAUGGGGACUAUGAAAAUCUUUAUUUUCAGGACUAUCAGGUCAAUUACAGUGAAUCGGAUGUUGAUCCAUAUCUGCAGUCUGCCUAUAACAUGUAUGAUCCUUAUAGUUAUCCAAUGCAAGAUAUCAUGGAUGGUGAGGAAGCUUAUGGAAUGUAUGGUGAGAAGAAUGCUGAAUACUCUAUGGAGUCUAUGCCCCUUCAUGGAGACAUGGAGUUCAGAGUUCCAAGACCCCAAGUUAAGCUUUUUGGUAAGGAAAGAAUUGAUGUUGAGCUUCCUCCUUUCCCUACACAAUAUGAUUUUGAAGAAAUGUCAGAGAUACAGUAUGAAAAUUACCCUUAUAUGCCUGGUGCCUCAGUGAAUGAUGUUUAUUUACAGGCAGAGCCUCCUCAUGAGUUGCUUCAUCCCACAAUGCCUCAAUUGCCCACACCAACAGCCAUGCUGAUUAAGCAAGCAAAUAAUCCUCAGGGAUUCGUCAAUCAACAGAUGCCAUAUAUGGCUCAAACUGGUGGAUUUCCACCAUCUCCAACUCCAAGCAGGAGGUCCAUGGUAGGGAUGACUUCUCCUCUGUCUAAGCCUAUGGCACCCAUGACAUCCAUGGAACCCAUGUCAAAUUUCGGAGGACCAGGAAUGGAAGUUAGGCAUUCCCCACUACCUAUGCGCAGACCGAGCCCACAUGCCUCCCCACAGCUAUCCAUGCAUCCUAGAAGAAGCCCAUCUCCACAGCCCUCUAUCCGUGGCAUUGGAGGCAUGGGAGCACCUCCAUCACCAAGACUAGCCAGGGGUGGGCCAUCUCCAAUAAGUAAUUUUCAACAACCUUCCUCUCCAGUUGCUCGCAGAAUGAGCCCACCUGUUUCACCAACACUUUCUAGACGUUUUCAACCUCAGGGUCCAUUUAGAGAAGGGCCUGUCACUUCACCAAUGGCCCCAAGACGUUUCCAGCCUCAGGCUCCAUUCAGAGAAGGUCCACCUGCUUCACCAACAAUCCCCAGGCGUUUGCAGCCUCAACCAUCCUUUAGAGAGGCACCCACAUCUCCCCAGCAAAUGCCUGGCCGUAUUCCCUCACGAGCUCAAUCUCUUUAUACCAGUCCUCCAGCUUCACCUCAUGCAUCUCUACGGAGGAAAAGCCCACCACAGUCCCCUCGUGCUUCAUUUAGAAGACCAAGUCCACCCUCUUCACCUUCACAAAUGAGUCGUCCAUUUGGUGGCAAUAAAUUUCAAGCCUCCCCAUCUCCACUUAGGCGAAUGAGUCCUCCAACUUCCCCUCAGAUAGGUAUGCAAAACAUGGCCAGUGUUCAACCGAGGGAUUUUCACAGACCACAAUCACCAUUAAUGGCUCAAAGAGCAUCACCUACUCCCUCUCGAAGAAGCUUUACUAUGGAAGAAGACUCCCAACAACCACCAGUACAACGUAGAUCACCAUCUCCCACCCUUUCCCGCAGAUCCACUCGCCUAAUGAAGGAUUCUCCACCUUUUGCAUCCACUGGAGGUCGGCUGCGAGGAAGGGGCCGUCCAAAUAUCCCGAUGGGAGCUGUAAAACCAUAUCCUGGCCGUGGGGGUCAUUCUGGUGCUCCAACACAAAAUGUACAACCUUUCAGACCAUCUAUACGUAGUAACAGAUCUAUGAUGCCACAGGAUUUUACAACCUCCCCACAAUUGUCAGGUCACCACACAGGAAUGGGGAGAAGGGAACCAAGUCGUUUCAUUCCUCCAGGAACACCUGGUGCAAUGAGAAACCCCCAGAGACCCAUAGGUCGUGGCCGUCCACUCAUGGCUAGACAAUCACUGAGACGUGGACCUGGCAUGAUGCCCCCUUCACCACAGUUUUCUCAAAAAAACAUACCCCCUCCUUCACCUCAACCUUCUGUUAGACACCUCUCCAGGCCAGUCUCUCCUCAUCCGUCUGUCAAACAUGGCUCACCGAUACCAAUGCGUUCCGCUUCCCCUAGGUCUCCGCCUACUUCUGUACUUUCUGGUCCUCCAAUAUAUGGAUCUCCUCUACCCAUUGGUGCAGAGCCAAUGCCUGUACAGUUUGAUCAGGUUAUUGGUGCCCCACAGUCCCCAAUGCUUACAAGUUCCCUCCAAAUCCAAAGUGUCCCUCCAAAUGCAACCUAUAAUGCACCCUUUCAACAGCCUAUGUCGCCUUAUACUCCUGAGAUCAUUAAUGUUCCACAGGUUCCUGGACAGCCACCUUCACCAGUUCCCUCCCUUACCCUGCAAAACCAUGCUGCACAGGUCUCCCCAUUGCAACCAUAUAAUCCUGAAAUGGUUGUACUGCAUCAGCAUACAGAAGAGAUGGCAUCUCCACUUUUGUCAAAUGCCUUACAAAAUUCUCAACUCCGAGAAGCUUCUUACAUGUCACCAUUGCAAAGACCAGGCUCACCUUAUGCUCCUGAGGUGACUCAGUUUGGUGAGAUCCCUGAACAACCACCUUUAUCUUACCCAUAUGUUCCUCAAAUGGAAGCCUUUGAACAAGCUCCAGGUCAGCCAGUGUCACCCAUGUUAUCCAAUGCAAUUCACAAUCCUCAGCUUCGCAAUGCAUCAUUCAGGUCAUCCUUUCAGAGGCCACAUUCACCCUACACUCAGGUAGAAACAGGCUAUGAUUAUGUUGAAGAUCCAGGUGCUGGUCCCAUUCUCUCCAGUGCUCUUCAAAAUCCAAAUGUGCGCAAUGCUUCCUACCGAACACAUUUACGCCGCAGGGGAUCCCGUGUUCAAUCUGGCUAUGGUCCAAGGGGAUCUCCAGCUCUUUCAUCAGCCUUGCAGAAUCAAAAUAUUCGCAAAGCAUCAUAUCGAGCACCUGUUCAAGGAAUGGUUUCUCCUUAUGCACCUGUGCCAGGUUAUAGACAGGACCCUAGGAAAUCUCCUUUUCUGUCUGAUGCAUUGCACAACCCCCAACUCCGCAAUGCCACUUAUCAAUUGCCUGAUGGGUCAUUAGUAUAUGGUGAUCAGGGACUAAAUGUAAAUGCUUCCCCUAUGCUUGUGGAUGCAAUUGGAAAUCCCCUGCUACAAAAUGCUUCAUAUAGACUUUCCGCUGGAUCCAUGAUGGGCAUGGACCCACGUCAACAACAGUCUUUCUCACCAAAUCUCUCAAAUGCUUUGCAGAACCAAAACCUAAGAAAAGCCUCUUACAGACUUCCUGAUGGAACGAUAAUAUAUCCAGAUUCUCAUUUACAGCAACCUUCUUCACCAAACCUGUCCAAUGCUUUGCAGAAUUCAAAUGUGAGAAAUGCAGCUUAUAGACUCCCAGAUGGGACCCUUGUAAAUGCAAGACAGCAACCACAAACGUCACCAAAUCUAUCACAUGCACUCAGGAAUGAGAACAUUAGAAAGGCAUCGUAUAGAUUGCCAGAUGGGACAAUAAUAACAACUGAUCAGCCAAUAGAUCCAACAUCUCCAAAUCUGGCCAGUGCACUUCAAAACCAAAACAUUCGCAAAGCAACAUAUAGACUUCCAGAUGGCACAUUAGUAACAGACUAUGGCCAGUCCAAACCUAUCUCACCAAAUCUAUCAGCAGCCCUUCAGAACCAGCAAAUGAGAAAUGCAACUUAUCGGUUACCUGAUGGGUCAAUUAUAAGUGGACCAGUCUAUGAUAAGUCUCCAAAUUUGUCAAGUGCACUUCGGAAUCAGGAUAUUCGUGGUGCUUCCUACAGGUUACCUGAUGGCUCUAUAAUAAGUGCUGAUUCAAGAUAUAAGCCUAAAUCCCCAUCUCUGCUCUCUGCCCUAAGAAAUGAGGAUAUGAGGAAUGUGUCCUACAGGCUUCCAGAUGGAUCUGUUAUUUCACAAGCGUUAUAUAAACCAAGCAGUCCAAAUAUUGCAAAUGCCUUGCAGAAUGAACAACUUCGCGGGGCCACUUACCAGCUACCAGAUGGGUCUGUACUUUCAGCAGAUCCUCGAAGAAAUAAAAGUCCAAAUUUAUCAGCAGCACUACUAAAUCAAAACCUCCGUAAUGCCAGAUACAGAUUACCUGAUGGGUCAGUCCUCACUCAAGGAUUUGCAGUACCCACUUCACCGGAUUUAAUUGAUGCACUAAAGAAUCCUAAUCUGAAGAAGGCCUCUUACCAACUACCAUCAGGGAUCUCCAGUUAUAUGACAUCUUCUGGGCAGGUGAUUAUUGGGCCAGAUGGUCGCUAUGCUAUUGUUCCACCACGGCGAAAAGGUCCAGGUCCAGAAGAACAUUGGGCACAGAAUGCCAGAGACGGACAAACUGCAGAGGACCUGUGGGCUUCAGAAAAAGUCCUGCCUCAUGAUACAGUACAGAACCUCAUUAAAUGGUCUAUGUACCGUGAUGAGAAAAUGAUGGAUUUCCUCACCCCACCACCCAUUGUUCUUCGACCUGGGCAAACAGAACCACAGUGGGUUCCAGAUCGCGAAGGGGAGCCAAAAGGAACAUGGUAUGACAAGAUGUAUUCUAUAAGGAGCCUGCCAACUGUCAGCUACAGAGUGAAACGAAAAGGGGAUGGUACUGAGGACAUGACACAAAUGGAACAGCUUACUGAGCCUGCAGUACUGAUAAACCUGAAGAUUCGCUUUGAUCAAGAGCUUAUCUAUACAUACAUUGGCAGUAUUCUGGUAUCUGUGAACCCAUACCAGCUUUUUAACGUCUAUGGCACAGAUAUGGUUCUGCAGUACGAGGGCCAUGCCAUGGCAGAUAACCCACCUCAUCUCUUUGCAAUUGCAAACGUUGCCUACACAACAAUGAUGGACAUCAACCAAAACCAGUGCAUCAUUAUCAGUGGGGAAAGUGGUUCUGGAAAAACAGAAGCAACCAAACUGGUUCUGAGGUACCUUACUGCAAUUCACCAUAAGAGAAACAUUACACAACAGAUUGAGAUUCUAGAGGCGACUCCUCUGUUAGAGUCAUUUGGGAAUGCUAAGACUGUCCGAAAUGAUAACUCAAGUCGCUUUGGAAAGUUUGUGGAGAUCUUCUUGGAGGAAGGGGUGAUCAGUGGUGCCAUAACCUCGCAGUAUCUACUGGAGAAGUCCAGGAUUGUUUUUCAGGCCAAAGAUGAGAGAAACUACCACAUCUUUUAUGAGAUGUUAGCUGGACUUCCUACUCACACAAAGCGGGCCUUCUAUCUACAAGAAGCUGAAACCUACUACUACCUGAACCAGGGUGGUAAUUGUGGGAUCACUGGAAAAGAUGAUGGGGAGGACUUCAGGAGGCUUCAGAGUGCCAUGGACAUUCUUCACUUCAGUCCUGAAGACCAGAGCAGCAUAUUCAGAGUGCUGUCGUCCAUACUGCACCUGGGCAAUGUCUUUUUCCACAGAGUGGAGACAGAAGUGCAGGAGACGGCCGGUGUGGUGAGCACUCAGGAGAUUCGUGCAGUAGCGGAUCUGUUGCAGAUUUCUCCAGAGGGUCUGCAGAAAGCCAUCACCUUCAAAGUGACGGAGGCAAUGAGAGAGAAGAUAUACACUCCACUCUCAGUAGAAAGUGCCGUGGAUGCCAGAGAUGCAGUUGCCAAGAUCCUUUAUUCCUUGCUCUUUAACUGGUUGACAGAUCGCAUCAACGGUCGGGUCUACCCCAGAAAUGAGGCGCUGUCCAUAUCUUUAUUGGAUAUAUAUGGGUUUGAGAGUCUGGUUUUCAACAGCUUUGAGCAGCUCUGUAUCAACUAUGCCAAUGAGACCCUGCAGUUUUUCUUCAGCAAAAUCAUUUUCAAACAGGAACAGGAAGAGUACAUUCGAGAACAAAUCAACUGGAAAGAACUGACCUUCACUGACAACCAGGCGUGCAUAGACCUCAUCGCUGCAAAGCCUCAUGGUUUACUCCGCAUCCUUGAUGACCAGAGCUGCUUUCCACAGGCCACUGACAAUACCUUCCUUCAGAAGUGCCACUAUCACCAUGGAAACAACCCUCUUUACUCCAAGCCAAAAAUGCCACUGCCAGAGUUCACUGUCUAUCACUAUGCUGGUCGAGUAACUUACCAGGUCCAUAAAUUCCUGGAUAAGAACUUCGAUCAGGUUCGGCAGGAAGUGUUGGAUCUGUUUAUGCAGAGCCAGAACCGAACGGUGUCCAAUCUCUUCAUAAAGCAUUCUGAGAUGCUUAACCAGCAGAAAGGAGCGAUGAACAGGAGCAGCACAGUGACCCGGAGAUAUCAGCCCUCAACCGUGGCAGCCAAGUUUCAGCAGUCAUUACAAGAGCUCUUAGACAAGAUGGAGAGGUGCAACCCAUUUUUUGUGCGCUGCAUAAAGCCAAAUAAUAACAAGGAACCUGGUAUCUUUGACCCUGAGUUGGUUGCUACUCAGCUCAGAUAUUCAGGAAUCCUGGACACAAUCCGCAUCAGGAAGGAGGGUUAUCCAAUCAGAGUGCCUUUCCAUAAAUUCUUAAACAGGUACAAAGCUCUGCUGGGAAUGAAAAAGCCACCGCCUUCAGAUGGCGAUAACUGUGUCAUUAUGUUAACGAAGCUCUGUCCAAUCAACAAAGGAGAUUAUCAAGUGGGUGUGUCAAAGCUCUUUCUAAAAGAGGAGGUGUAUCAGCUGUUGGAGAGUAAACGUGAUCGUGUGAUGCAUAUAGCUGCACUGACCCUUCAGCGUUACGUACGGAUGUUUUUUGCCCGGAGGAAAUUUCUUAAGUUCCGUUUGACAAUGACGCAUCUUCAGGCUCACUGCAAGGGCUUCAUGGCCAGGCAACGAUUUCUACGGAUGCAUCAACGUACUCUUGGCGAGAAGAGCAGAGGAGGAGAGGAAAAGGCUGAACUGGAGCGAAUAAGUAGGGAGGUGGUAAACGUGACUCAGCUGGUUAUUCCUGCAGAGCUGGGAGGAUUGUUACAGGCCACAGCAGGUGGUCGGGAGCGUCAUUCAGACUGCUUGGCUCUGGUUCAGGCUCCUAGAAUACAAACUGACCCUCAGCUCACUCUUCCACUCGACAUCAACAACCAUUUGAUGACCAAAUAUAUUCGCACACAUUUCAGGGUAAAUUCCUUUUCUACUAACACGAACUGCUGUUGGGAUGCUACAGCACCGCUGGAGAACUCGCUGACCCGUUUAGAAGAUGAUUUGAAACAAGACGCUGUUGAUGUGUUCAUACUGAUUUUGAGGUUCAUGGGAGAUCCGAAUCUGAACGGAGCUCAAGAAAACCUUUUUGGAAAUUAUAUCAUUCAGAGAGGACUUGCCACUCCACCAAUCAGAGAUGAGAUCCUUGCGCAGAUAGCCAAUCAGGUGUGGCGGAAUGAAAACAGCAGAAAUGCAGAGAGAGGCUGGUUGUUGAUGGCUGCCUGUUUGAGUUCAUUUGCCCCAUCUGAGAAGAUGGAGAAAUAUCUGCUUAAAUUUGUGUCAGACUACGCUCUGAAUGGCUUUAAGGCUCUGUGCCAACACAACUCUCCAAGCCAGCAGAAAUCUUACCUGGUCCCUGAAGCCUCUCGAACAUACCCUCCGUCGCUGCUAGAGUGGACUGCCACACGCAAGAAGGCACACAUGGUUCUCCAGGUGCACUGUUUUGAUGGUGUGUCUUUCCUGUGUCCUGUCCAUUCCUGGACCAAUGGAGAGGGCCUUGCUGGAGAUGUUCUACAACACAGAGGCGUGUCUGUUGAAAGUCGAUGGGGUUGGUCAGUCCUGUUGAAGGAGCCUGCGCAGUGGGUGGAGCUAGAAGGUCACGAUUAUGUUCUCGAUCUGGUGUGUGACCUGGAGCUGCUUCCAGACUUUCCUAAACAGAAAACAUACUUCAUCAUCUCUACUGAAGACCCCAGCAAGGCUCGACCUAACGCCAGCAUAAGUCUUUUUGGCAGUGGAUUUGACGAGGAUGAGGACGGGCCACUUUUCAUAUACUCAGAACCAUCCUAUGAUGCCACUCAGAGAGGGAUGGACCGUUAUUUGGACAGCUUGUUUGACCCAGUUCUGUCUGAUGCAGCUGGGGACUUCGAUGCAUCAGUUUUGUCUGGUAGGAUGAAGGGUGGAGGAGGUGUAGGUGGAGAUGAAGCACAGCACACUCCUAAAGUCACUCCCUUAGCUGCUCUUCAGCCUGGAGCAGUGAGAGUUCUGCCACCUAUGCCACCUAUUCCUGGUUCUCCUAUCAGGCCCAGUCUGCCAACAGUGCCGCCUGUGCCUGUGCCAGACCAGCAGCAUGCUGUGCUCGCUCAACAGCAACAAACCAUCCUCAACCAGCAAGCCGUCAUUAUGGCUCAGCAGAUGACCAUGCAGGCGAUGGCUAUGGUGACCAGUCCAGUGUCCAGUCCACCCAUGUCUCCUCUCACCAGUCCCCCAACCAGUCCUCCACCCACUCCCUACAGCACUCUUCCACCCAGCCCGUACCCCGCCAUCCCUCCCAGCCCCUACGCAAACAUCCCUCCCAGUCCUUACGCCCCGAUGUCUGCAUACAGCAGUCCACCAGUGACGCCCACACAGACUUUCGCCUCCACCCCCACCUACACCACCAGCAGUGAGACCAUGAAGAAGAAGAGCAGCCCCCCAAACACACAGCCACAGAGCAACACAAAAACACAGGCUAAACCAUCUAAAGGGUCAUUAGGGAAGAAACAAGCCCCUGCUGCUCCAAUCAAACUUGACAGCAGACCUGCAAAAAGACAUGCUCCAGUUGCAGUCACAGGACCAAUGCGCUCAACUCCGGCUCCUGGCACAGAGGUGGUCAAAUAUUCAGUCUCCAACUCUGAGCACAUCGUUCCCAGCCACAACAUUAAAGACAUCAUUAAGCAAUAUCAAACACCAACCCCUGAGCCUACACCGCUGAUACAGAAGCGAGAUGGUAAAGGUUUUGUAAAGAAGAAGAACCCACAUGACGAGGCAAUGCAGAUCCUAAAAACACAGAUGGACAAUCCUCCUCCUCCAGAGAGACAUGCUCCCACUACGGCUGCUGUGUCGAGAGAUGGAGGCCUUAAACCAACUAAAAGCAGCAAGAAGAAAGCCCCAGAACCUCCUCUGACUUUACCACCACCUGUGUCCAGAGAUCUUCCAGUGGAGACUGAGAGCAUCCAAACACCGCUGCACCGGAGCAGCACAGAGGAGCAUUACACAUAUUCAAAUGUGCCCUGGAAAAUCUACCUUAGGAAGGAGGUCUUCUAUCCCAAAGAUAGCUGGAACCAUUUGCUAGUUCUGGACCUCAUAUUCAGACAGAUUGUUAAUGACACGUUUACAGAGGCCUGCGUGCGCAUUACUAAAGAGGAGAGACAGAAGAUGAGAUCCUUGUUUGCACAAUAUGGCAUCGAGCCGAACACAGAUGUUCAGGAUGAGAGUGUGAAGAAAACUGUGAUUGCAACUGCCAGGGAGUCAUGGGAGAUUUAUUUUUCUCGCCUCUUUCCUGCCUCUGGCAGUGUUGGUACUGGGGUGCAGGUGUUGGCAGUGUCACACACUGGUAUCAAACUGCUCAAGACGGUGAAAAGCAGCACUGCAGCUCCAGACUAUUUCAGAGUGCUCCGUCCAUACAGUUACCUGGACAUCUUAUUUGUGACCAUCCCCUCUCCAAACAUGCUGGAGUUCAAUCUGAUGAAUGAGAAAUUGAUUCUGUUUUCCGCCAAAGCUCCUCAGAUCAAACAGAUGGUCGAUCUCUUCAUCUCUCACCUCAAGAAGGACUCGGAGUAUGUUGUAGCAGAGAGAAACUUCAUAACAGAGGACAGAUCUCUUCUGAACUUCCAUAAAGGAGAUAUCAUUCGUCUGCAGGCAAUGGAUGGUUUAGAUGAGGGUCAGAGUUACGGUUGCGUUGUGAAGAAAAAGGUCAUCUACCUCGAGGAGCUGAAGAGAGGCACACCAGACUUUGGCUGGAGGUAUGGGGCGGUUCAGGGUCGGAGUGGAGCAUUUCCCAUGGAGUGUGUGGUUCCUGUAGCUGCUCCUGAUUUCCUGGGGCUCCCGGCAGAAAGGAGAGAUGAGCCGAGAGACAGACAGGGCCGAGUGGCAGCAUCAGGAGCGAUCGCUCUCGCUGUGGCCUCCACUGCGGCUGCACAUGAACUAGACCCCUCACUAGAGGUAUAUACAGCUGAAGUCAAAAUUAUUAGCCCUCCUUCUGAUGGAUUCGGGGAUUUCGGUGACUCUGAAGCUGAAGGAAACGUGGUUUUGGACAGCCAGUACAACAUGGUGGAGUUUGCCAGGAAAUACUUCAGAACAUCAAAUGGAAGCAAAAGUGAUUCAUUCAGAGAUAAGUCCAAAAAAGGUAAAGGAAGCAAAGACCCUGCAGAGAUGGUGAAAUUCAACAAGAACCCCAUCCUAGAAUCCCUCAUAGACUUCACUGACCCCAACAUGAACCGGGUUGCUUCUGAAAUUUUCUUAGCCAUAAUGAAGUUCAUGGGAGAUCAUCCUCUCAGAGGCCAAUCAGAGCAGUUUGUGGUUUGCACUUUCCUGAAGUUAACGGGUGAAUAUGGACUGAUGAAGGAUGAGGCGUACUGUCAGGUCCUCAAACAGAUCACAGCCAAUACCAGCUCGAAACCUGACAGCUGUCAGAAAGGCUGGCGCUUGCUCUACAUUCUCACUGCAUUUUACCGCUGUUCUGAAGUGCUCAAGCCUUUCCUACUCAAGUUCCUACGAGACAUCUGCAGGAGUCCAGAAGUGCAUUUUCAUGGAAUUGCUAAAACUUGUGAGCAGAACCUUAGGAAGACGUUUCAGUUUGGUGGCAGGAGUGUUUACCCCAGUAGCAUGGAGCUUAAAGCCAUCAUGGCUGGUCGAAGCUCGAAGCGGCAGCUUUUUCUCUUUCCUGGAGGAAUUGAGAGACAUUUAAAGAUCAAAACUUGCUCUGUGGCACUGGAUGUCAUAGAGGAGUUGUGUUAUGAGAUGGCUUUACAAAGGCUGGAGGCCAUGGAUGAGUACACAGUUUUCAUAGUCACCAACAGAGGUCAGAAUGUGCGUCCCCUCAACAAGAGAGAAUAUAUAUUAGACAUCGCAACAGAGGCAGAGCAGAUCGAUGCCAACUACAGCUUCUGGUUCAGACGUGUCAUCUGGGCUCAUCCGCUCAAGUUUGACAAUGAACUCUGUGUCACCAUGCACUAUAACCAGGUUCUGCCAGACUAUCUGAAGGGUCUGUUGAAUAUUGUACCUCAGGGAAAGAUCAGUGAACAGCAGUUUAACCAGUUUGCCAAACUCGCUGCUCUUCAACACCGAGCCAAAGACAGUCUCUACACUCCUACUAUUCAUGAGCUGAUGGAGUACAUCCCAGUUGAGAUUUUUGGCAGGCAGAUCCCUCAGCAAUGGAUGCAACUGGUUGCUCAACAUGUGCAUGCCGUACAGAGCCUGAACCCUCACCAGGCCAGAGCUCAGUUCCUUGGUUUGGUUUGUGCCUUUCCCAUGUUUGGCUCGUCCUUCUUUUACAUCCAAAGCAGCAGCAACAACACCAUAUCAGCACCAUGCAUCCUUGCUGUCAAUCAAAACGGACUGCACUUCCUGCACAAAGACACUCAUGAGGUGCAGGUGAAGGUGCAGCUGAAGCAGAUUCAGUCAGCUCACACACAGCGGCCCAGCGCUGGAUCCAGUUACCCUUAUGUAGACGUCCUUAUAGGAGACUUGACCAAUCACAGAGUCACGCAGUUACAGCUGGAACAGGGUCUGGAGCUGUGUCGAGUUAUCGCCAUGCACAUCGAGAAUAUGCUUUCUGUCCGAGAGAAGAGACUUACUCUGCCACCUAGUGAAAUCACCAUGCUGUAACAAAACCACACGCACAGUUACGAUGCUUUAUUUCCAUCCCAAAUCACCUAAUCAUAACUACACCAAACCUCUUAAUGCAAUGUUUGCACUAGUCAUGUGUAUUGUUUGUGAUUACGUAAAGACAAGCAGUAAAUAAAAAACGUUAUUUUUGUACUGAAUGCUUAUUUAUACUUAUGAAUCAUUGUUUGCCUUGCUUUUGGAAUACAAAAUGUGUUGCUUGAGACUUGAAAUGUGAAUGUAAUCAAGUUUUGAAUGCUUAUUUUCACUUGUAACUUGAAUUUGUACGUUAGAAUGAAGAGAGAUGUUACUCAGGAGAAAACAGGAUGAAUGCAUUUUUUCAGAAAUGGAUGAAAGGCUAGUUUUCAAGGUAAUUAAAUGUAGUUUUUGUUUGUUUUCAUUCUGAAUGUGUUUAUUUAGCUGUUCAUUAUCAUGAGACC